AUGGACGUCAACUUCGGCCCCGGUGCCCGAGAUGAUGCUACCUCCGCCGAUGACUUCAUGGAAUCUGGGAUGACAGAUGCCGAGAUGAUUGAUGCUGAGUCUGCCUCGGAGCAGGAGAUGCUGCCACCAAAGGCGGAUAGGAAGGCAAAGAAAACGAAGAGAGAGCAACAGCAAGAGAUACGCGGUUCUGUCGAGAAUGCCAGGAAGACACCUGCAAGUAAGGGUAAGAGGAAGUCGGAUACAAACGCUGAUUCCGAUAAGACGAUGAAGAAGUCUAAAUCGGGUUCUGCCUUUGUGCCCAAUUGGUGCAAUGGCGUCAAUCCUCUGCUGCUGCAAGUCCGGCAGGUAUCAAACUCCGAUCUCGGAUCUUCCUCGGAUUCUUCCUCGGCUCUCAAGACCAAUGGCCUUGGAGGGUUUACAGACGACGAUGUGCUCCCCGUCAACCGUCGCGUUCAGAUGGUGAUGGUCAAGGCUCGGGCUCCCAAAUCAACAGUACCGGAAGAGCGUUCGAUGGCAAAGCAAUCCCUUCCAGACUGGGCACGCCUCAAGUGGGACACUGCUCUUAUCCCUAGCCUGGUAGAGCACUUUGGUGCUGAGCCAAACCCCUGGGUCUCAUCGACAAGUGGCAGCUCAUUCCGCACGACCUUACAAUCAGUCAUUGACCGGGUCUAUCCGGAGGAGCACCUCAGCAUCACCCUCAAUGACAAGGUCUUCAAGAUGGCGCAGCAAGCAGUAUAUAACUGGCGGGCCAACUUCGCCCGGGUAGCCAAAGAGGUGGUGCGAAAGGACCUUCUGGCGUGUGGAGGAGGAGAUGGCCCGGAUAAACGGCAAGAGAUCCAGACAUUCGUCCGUGAUGCUCUCGACGAUCACGGUUACGCAUUCUGGGGUAAGCCGAACAUUACCAUAUACGCGCUGUGCUCGCCGUACAUCUUGAAAACAUUCCAAUGCCAUAUCACGGCAACGAAGGGCAGCCAGAUCUCGUGUGGUCUACCACGAGGUGGACUGGCACUCACAAUCACUGCGGUUGAAUGGGUGCUGGAGAUGUGGAAGACCAGGAAGUAUGAAUCAGACGGGACAAGUUUCUCAGAAGUCGACGUGGGUGACAUGACCGAGCUGUGGGUGAACGGGUCUGUCUCCACGUUCUAUAGGAAGCCGCACCGGUUCGAGCACUUCUUGUACAAAGCCAACACCCUUGUCAAGAAGCCGCAAUGGAAAGUCCACUGCUGCCGCCGCUCUCGAACUGCUAUCCGGGAUGCAAGCAGUCCUGUCCCCGAGGACUCGGAUGCAUAG